AUUUCACCCUGGCAGUAUAAACGCACGAAGCUGAUGACGCAAACGUAAAUAAAUAAACAAAGCAAGCAGAGAACUGCGCGUGAAUGGGAUCGAGUGUGUUCUGCUCGUGAGCGUGAAUAAAAAAAGUCGUCUACCGCACUGUGCCGUGUGCUGUGUGUGCGUUGCAGGCCAAAACCGUUGCCGUGCUCGUGCGAAAAGAGGUGAAAAAACGGAGCGGGCUUUGCAAAGGUGAUCGAUCGUGAGAGCGAGCCUGCAUCAAAGUGUACCGAAAGCAGGGAUCCAACAUCUCCGUCCUGGGUCGGGGGUCUGUUUGCUGAUCACUCCGACGGCCCCGACAGUGAAUGCGUGCACAGUUCGCGCUGACCGAUGGAAACAGGUGGUGAGGUAAAAGAAGCACACCCGGAGGGUGGUGGCGACAGAUCAGCGCAGCACUUUCCGUCGGAUGUUCCGGGCAAGCUGGUCCCGGUCGAGGGCAAACCAGCGGGGUCGUUGCCGGACGGUGAGACGGCUUCCGCCGACCCGCAGGAUGACACGUCCCUGAACGCCCGGUUGCUGGACAAGCUGAACGAGCAGUUCGAAAAGCAGAUCCAGUUGGUCGAGAGCGAACGGUUGGACGAUGGUUUCAAGCUUAGCGUGUACGCCGAAUGGGUCAACAGUUUGCGCACGCUCAACACCGAGCUGGUGCAGUCGUUGCGCGAAAUGCAGGACACCUGCAUGGAGCGGAUGCAGCUGAUGCGCGCCGCCUAUCUGAAAGACUUUGCGCGCUUCGGGCCGGAGGUGCGCUUGAGGCGGCUGCAGCCAGUGCCGGACACGCUGCCGACUGCGCCCGGCGAGCAAAUCGUGUCGCUUGAGCUUAGCUCCAACUAUCCCAUCAUACCGGCGUCGGACGAGAUGUUGGUGCGGGAGCUGAACGCAAAGACAAGCCUGAUCGAUGAACUGCGGACGGAACUGAAGGACCUGCGGAAGGAAGCGGCCGAAAAUGGUGCCAUACUGGAGCAGCUGCGCAACAUGGCCCUCGAGCGGGACAAGCAGCUGGACGAUAAGCGGAAAGAAAUCGGCAUACUGCAGCAACAGAUCGUUUCCCUUAACGACCAACUGCUGAAAGUCAAAAUGUCCACCAUGGCCUCGACCGAUAACCGGAGCUUGAUUUCGGAAAUUACCGAUCACCACGAUAAGAUCACGCAGCUGCGCAAGAAGCUGAAGGAGCAGGAGGACAAACUGCGCCAGGCGAACACCGCCAUCCAGUUCCGGGAUGAGGUGAUCGCGCAGCAGCGGCAAGAGAUUAAACUGCUGAACGAGAAGCCGGACUCAGCGCAACCAGCUGCAAUCGAUGCUGCUCCCAGUGUCUCAUACUAUUCCGUGCGGUCGUCCGAAGGUGAUCUAACGCAGAAUGGAAUGGCAAGCAACAGCUUCUACCCAUCCUCCUCCUCCACCCGGUUGCUGUUCGAUGAGCUCGGUACGAUACAGCAGGGCAGUGAAACGGAAUCGGCCUGCGUGCAGGUGUUGAAGCGCGAGAUUGCCGAAUUGCGCGACGAGUUGCACAAGCGUGGCCACGAGAAGGAUACGAUGGGGAUCCACGAAAUGGAAAAGGCACUGCUCCGGCUAAGGGGCGCCUGUGAGGAGCUGCUUCAGAGCACGGGAAAAUUGUCCGGCUGGGGGGAUGGUUGGAGGGAAGGCUGCGACGAGAGUGGAGCUGGUGGGUGUUCGCUUCGGUUCGAGGACGACGAUGAGCUGAUCGAGGCAAUGCGUGAUCGGUGCGAGGCGUUGUGCCGUCAGCUGGGACUGUCGCACAAGGCGCACUGUACGAUCGAGCAGGAUGAGGGCAUUGGCAGUGCGAGUACAUCCAGACUGGAGCAUUCCGAGCCAGCUCCAGGCCACAGGAUAGAAGAGCAACACCAGCAGCAGCAGCAGCAACAGCAGCUGAUGCACUGCAUUGAGCGGCAACUGAAACGAUUGCUAGGCGGAAAGGAGCACUGCCACAACAGUGGCAGCGAGUCGCUCAGCUCGCUAUCGCUCGGCCUGGACGAGGGCUGCACCCUGCAGGGAUUGAUCGACGAUCUGAAGAAGGAGAUCGAAUCGAAGGAUCUUGUGCUGCGCGGUCGGCACGAUGAAAUGGAGCAGCUGCGGCAGGAGCUGUCCAGCCAGGGCCGACUGCUAAACCAGUGCCAGGCACGCCAAGAACAGUUCGAGGGCGAGAGAACGAAACUGCUUCAAAAGAUCGCCAGCCUGGAGGAAAGCGUCGACGAUCAAAACCGCACGAUCGCGAUGCUGAACAUGGAAAAGCUGAAACUCGUGCGUCAAGUGGACGAUCUCAAGGAAACGCUGCACCAGUACCGGGAUAACCUGCAAAAGACGAGCGAGGAAAAGGUCGCGAUCGAGGACGAGUGCAAAAACCAGCUCGUCACCAUCUCUAACCUGCGCGUUGCGCUCGAGGAAACGAAGCGCAAUGGCAGCUCAUCCGUUAGCGUACUGCAGGAGGUGGUGGAAAAUUUGCAGCUAGAGGUGAUUCUACUGAGCGAGCAGCUGAACGAUGCCUUUAAAGAGAACCUCUCCAAGGACAACGAGUUGGACCAUUACCGUGACGCUAAUCUGCAGCUACGCUGUCAGCUGGCCGAGCUGAGCCGUGAGCUGGCCGAUCUGAAGGACAUCUCCGAUGCGGUAGACAUCCGGCAGGAGCUGAAUGAACAAAAGCAACGACUGUUCGCGCUGCUGAAGGAUGACGUGCGGCAGCUGCAGGACCAGAUGAACGGCGUCCGGGGGGAGAUCGAAUCGCGCCAGCAGGAUCUAGGCCACCUGAGCUACUUCCGCGAAAAGUGUGCCGAAAUGGAGCGGCUGCACGAGCUGGAACUGAGCCAGCAGCGCAGCAAACAUUCCAGCGAGCUGAAGCAGCUGCGGAGAGAAAUCGAAUCGCUGAGCAAUCAGCUGGCCGGGUCGGCCGAUACGGGCCGCCAGCACGAGCAGAUGGUGGAAUCGUUGGCCACGCUGCAGACCACGAUCACGAAGCUGGACGAGCACAAUCGAUUGCUGCAGAAGACGAUCCAAUCGUACCAGGAGAACCGGGUGCAGCUGGAGCAACAGUUGGGCGGGUCGCAGCAGCAGCUGGACGUGGUCCGGCACGAGCUGGACGAGCUGAAAGGGCGCAGCGAUGAGCAGGAGCGGAGGAUUGAAAGCUUGCGGACGGAAAAGGACCGGCUGGCCGGGGAGUUGAUGAUGCAGCGGAAGAUGUGCAAAUGUGGCCACAGCACCGCCACUGGCAGUGGAUCACGUGAGAGAGCAAAGGUCCCCCUUUCCCACUCGCUACAGAAACAGUUGGCACAGAAGACGCUUGAAGUGACACGCGUCCAGGAAGAACUACUCCAGCGUACCGAAGAGUGGAAGAGGCGUGAAACGGAGUACGUCAGCCAUCGAGUACGGGCGACCGAGCAAGCGACGGGCCUGAUCGAACAGCUGAGUGAGCUCAAAGGACGCUUCGGGAAUGUAGAACAGGCGGCACAGAUGAAGGAUGAGUUGAUCGACCGAUUGCAGCAGAGUUUGCGCGACGUUACCCGGAAGUUUACGACGCGCCAGGCACAGCUGACGGAGCUGGAGGCGAAGAACGUGAAUCUGUCGGAUGCGCUCGAUAAGGCACGGCAGGAAGCGCUCCUCUGCGAGAAGCGUUGCACGGAGGAGCAGAGCAAUGCGCGCCGCUGUUCGAUAGAUCAGAAGAACCAGCUGCAACAGUACGAGCGGCAGAUCAAUCGACUGCGGGCGGAGGUGGAUGCUUUAAGGGAAAAGUGUGACCAAAUUUCUAGUGAGCGCGAUGUGUUACGGGAUGAAUGUCAGAGCUUGCGGGAACGGUUGGCAAAGUAUGAAGGAAAGGAGAGCGCUCUGUGUGAGGUUGUGAAAUCAAAUCAGGACGAGCUAGCAAUUAAAGCUUCUCGGGUGUUGGAACUGGAAGAAACAAACCGCAAACUGAGCCAAAACUAUCAGCAGCUGAAAGAAUUGCACGACAGCGUUACCAAACAGUACCAGCUCGCGCAGCUAGAGCUCGAGCAGCUGCGCGACUGUUCGAAAAAGCUGGCUGAAUUCAAACAGCAAACACUGUCCACCAAGGAGCUAACGCGCAAAAGCGUAACCGAAUGGAAGGAACGGGAGGCUCAGUACUGUCAGGAGAUUGGCCGGUUGAAGAAACGGACGGAACUGCUCGAGCAGGAUCGUUCGAAGCUGAUCGGCAAGCUGAACGCGUACCAUCGGGACAAUACGAUACUUGCCCGGCGGAUGCAACAAUCGCAACAGCAGCAGCAACCACAACCACAGCAGCAACCACCUUCCCGGCAACACUCGCCGUACGAUGACAAUCGGAGAAGCUAUAAUCUCACACCGCUUCAUCAAACAUUUUACCCACCCGAUGCGUACAAGCUGGUCCGUUCUACCAGCGAUCCCAACUGCAACGAGUCGGACGAGCUACUGCAGAAAGUUGAGUACACGUGCAGCCAGCUGCAGCAAAUACGGAGAUUCUGGCACCAAGGCCUGAAGGAGGUGUUUCCACCCGAGCCGUAGCAUUGACACGGGGGUACGCGUGUGCGUAAACGACUCCGGUACGCGUGUUUUCCACGUACAACGGGUACAAAAUCAUUCUGCCGUGUGGUUGGUUGUUGUUCCAACGUAAUGGGGUAAACUUUGGUAAACAUUAAGGAUAGAGCGAAUUAGUUAUUGAAUAGUUAAUGUGAAAGGUGUCGUUUGUACGUUGUUCUUGGAUGGAUUUUAUAUAAAAAAAACAAAUAGCAAACUGUGCUGCAAAAAGUGA